GGAGGCAUGUAGCAGCACCUGGAUCUCCGUGCACGUCGCCGCUGCUUCUUCCUCACCCUUGACGUCGCCCGUCCGCCUUUCCCGCCGCGAGGCUCCCGGUGGCGGGGGGACAAGGGGAUCUUUUUUCCCCCCUCUUCGGGUCUAGGAGCGUUUCCUGGCCGCCGCUGCACGUCCGAUGGUCGAUGGUCGUUGAGGAAGCUUCCAUCUUGAGUGCACCACCAUGGCGAGCGACUCCCCCGCCAGGAGUCUGGACGAGAUCGACCUGUCUGCUCUACGGGACCCGGCUGGCAUCUUUGAGCUGGUUGAACUGGUUGGGAAUGGCACCUACGGUCAAGUGUACAAGGGUCGCCACGUCAAGACUGGCCAGCUGGCUGCCAUCAAGGUCAUGGACGUCACAGGAGAUGAGGAGGAGGAGAUUAAAGCGGAGAUUAACAUGCUGAAAAAGUACAGCCACCACAGGAACAUCGCCACCUAUUACGGCGCCUUCAUCAAGAAGAAUCCUCCCGGCAUGGACGACCAGCUAUGGCUGGUGAUGGAGUUCUGCGGGGCCGGCUCAGUGACGGACCUCAUCAAGAACACCAAAGGGAACUCCCUGAAGGAGGAAUGGAUCGCUUACGUGUGCAGGGAGAUCCUCCGGGGUCUCACCCACCUCCACCAGCACAAGGUCAUCCAUCGGGACAUCAAAGGUCAGAACGUGCUGCUGACAGAGAACGCCGAGGUCAAGCUAGUGGAUUUUGGUGUGAGCGCCCAGCUGGAUCGCACGGUGGGACGGAGGAACACGUUCAUCGGGACGCCAUAUUGGAUGGCCCCGGAGGUCAUCGCGUGUGACGAGAACCCAGACGCCACCUACGACUUCAAGAGUGAUCUGUGGUCGCUCGGCAUCACGGCCAUAGAGAUGGCGGAGGGAGCGCCACCGCUGUGCGACAUGCACCCCAUGAGAGCGCUCUUCCUCAUCCCCAGAAACCCCGCCCCCAGACUCAAGUCAAAGAAGUGGUCCAAGAAGUUCCAGUCGUUCAUCGACGGCUGCCUGGUGAAGAGUCACGGUCAGCGGCCCAGCACCGAGCAGCUCCUCAAGCAUCCCUUCAUCAGGGACCUUCCUAACGAGCGGCAGGUCCGCAUCCAGCUGAAGGACCACAUCGACCGCACCAAGAAGAGGAGGGGCGAGAGAGAUGAGACCGAGUACGAGUACAGCGGCAGUGAGGAAGAGGACGAAGAGCGGGACAUCGGCGAGCCCAGCUCAAUCAUCAACAUUCCCGGGGAGUCCACUCUAAGGCGGGACUUCCUGCGUCUCCAGCUGGCCAAUAAGGAGCGGUCGGAGCUGAUCCGGCGCCAGCAGCUGGAGCAGCAGCAGAACGAGGAGCACAAGCGCCAGCUGCUGGCCGAGAGGCAGAAACGCAUCGAGGAGCAGAAGGAGCAGAGGCGGCGGCUAGAGGAGCAACAGCGCCGCGAGCGGGACAUGAGGAAGCAGCAGGAGCGCGAGCAGAGGAGGCGCUACGAGGAGAUGGAGCAGAUCCGCCGCGAGGAGGAGAGGAGGCACGCCGAGAGGGAACAGGAGUAUAUCCGUAGACAGCUGGAGGAGGAGCAGAGGCAGCUGGAGAUCCUGCAGCAGCAACUCUUGCAGGAGCAGGCCUUACUGCUGGAGUACAAGAGGAAGCAGAUCGAGGAGCAGCGCCAGGCCGAGCGGUUGCAGAGGCAGCUGCAGCAGGAGCGCGCCUACCUGGUGUCCCUGCAGCAGCAGCAGCAGCAGGACCCACAGCGCCCCCCGCAGGACAAGAAGCAGCUCUACCACUACAAGGACCAGGCGCCUGGCGCCGCCAACGACAAACCCGCCUGGGCCAAAGAGGUGAUGCGUCGAGCUCAGAGCAACUCGCCUCGCGUUCCCCCCAAGAAGUACCACUCCUUUAGGCAGCCGCGCAACACCAACCUGGACAACCUCUUCCUGCUUCCCGGUUACAAACCUCGCCGGGCCCGCCCCCCUUCCUACCCCGCCCACGGCAGCCCCUCCAGGAGUUACGACCACGAGCACCAGCGCCGCGGCCACGUGCCGCUAAUCCGCGUCACCUGCGUGCCGGAGUCCACCCCUGCGCGCCGCAGGGGGAGCCCGGACUCCCGAGGACGGAGUCCCAGCCGCUGGGUGGACGAGCGUUAUGUGAUCAACAGACAGACUUCUCCUGCCUUGCAGCAUAAAGUCUCCAACCGAAUCUCGGACCCCACGAUGCCGCCCCGCUCCGAGUCCUUCAGCAGCGGCGGCAUCCAGCAGGCCCGUACUCCACCAAUGCACCGCUCCGUGGAGCCUCAGAUGGCCCACCUGGUGCAGGUGAAGAGUCACGGGCUGUCAGGCUCGCAGUCUCUGUACGACCCCCACGGCGUGUCCUCCUCCACGGUGUCGCCCUCUCCCUCCCGACCUCCCAUGCCUCGGCAGAACUCCGACCCCACCUCAGACACCCCUCCUCCCAUGCCUCUCUCACGCCUGGCGCCCCCUCUUGACAAACUGGACCGCAGCUCCUGGCUGCGGCAAGACGACGACAUGCCCCCCAAGGUUCCUCAGAGGACCACGUCUAUCUCCCCGGCUUUGGUCAGGAAGACCUCGCCUGGGAACGGGCCUGGACUGGGACCCCGGGCUGGAGCACACCUCAUACGGGCCAGCAACCCUGAUCUUCGGAGGACUGAUGUCUCCAUGGAUGCACCCCUGAAGAGGGCGAGCAGUGGCAGCUCCAGCUCCAGCACCCCCAGCUCACAGGGGGGCUCCAACGAACGAGCAAAUGCAGCCAUGAAGACAGAAGGCACGGUUCCGUCGGACGAGACCAAGGACGACAGCAGAGAUGUGUCGCGACCCAGCCGGCCUGCAAGCUAUAAGAAAGCUGUAGACGAGGACCUCACGGCGUUGGCCAAGGAGCUGCGGGAGCUGCGACAGGGCGAGGAAACCAGCCGCCCGCCCGUCAAGGUCACGGACUAUUCCUCGUCCAGCGAGGAGUCUCACAGCAGCGAGGAUGAGGACGGCGAGGGCGGCGCCAACGACGGAACGGUGGCCGUGAGCGACAUCCCUCGCAUCAUGCCGGCGGCCAGCAAAGGAGGGAACGAGGGCAUGAUGGGAGGACACAACGACUUGCAUGGAAACAACUCCCGGGACGGCACCCUAAUGAUGCGUGAGAGACGUGGCGAGCGGAGGCGGAGCUCCACCGCCAGCAACGGCGUCCUCGGUAUUGCUAAUCUCUUUGCCGACACCUCCGAGCUCCCCGAUUUGGUGCAGCCAGGCACUUCCCCCCCGGUCGCCCAAUACGGGAUGGGAGGAGGCGGCAGCGGUGGCCUCAGCUCCAAGGCCUCCUUCACGCCAUUCGUGGAUCCGAGGGUUUACGGGACUUCUCCGACGGACGACGAGGACAACAUCUCCGCUUCAGCCAUGUUUGCAGACGAGCUGCUGAAGCAGGAGCAGGCGCGCCUCAACGAAGCCCGCAAGAUCUCGGUGGUCAACGUUAACCCCACCAACAUCCGACCGCACAGCGACACGCCGGAGAUCCGCAAGUACAAGAAGCGCUUCAACUCCGAGAUCCUGUGCGCCGCUCUAUGGGGAGUGAACCUGCUGGUGGGAACCGAGAACGGCCUGAUGCUGCUGGACCGCAGCGGGCAGGGCAAAGUCUACAACCUCAUCAACCGCCGCCGCUUCCAGCAGAUGGACGUCCUGGAGGGUCUCAACGUCCUGGUCACCAUCUCAGGCAAGAAGAACAAGCUGCGCGUGUACUACCUGUCUUGGCUGAGGAACAGGAUACUCCACAACGACCCCGAGGUGGAGAAGAAGCAGGGCUGGAUCACCGUGGGCGAGCUGGAGGGCUGCGUGCACUACAAAGUCGUCAAGUACGAGAGGAUCAAGUUCUUGGUGAUCGCUCUGAAGAACGCAGUGGAGAUCUACGCCUGGGCUCCUAAACCUUACCACAAGUUCAUGGCCUUCAAGUCCUUCACGGAGCUGCAGCACCGCCCCCUGUUGGUAGACUUGACAGUGGAAGAAGGGCAGAGGUUAAAGGUCAUCUACGGCUCCAGCGCAGGCUUCCACGUCGUCGAUGUGGACUCUGGAAACCCCUACGACAUCUACAUCCCCUCACAUAUUCAGGGUCAGGUGACCCCGCACGCCAUCGUGGUUCUGCCCAAGACGGACGGCAUGGAAAUGCUGCUGUGUUACGAGGACGAGGGCGUCUACGUCAACACCUACGGCCGCAUCACCAAGGAUGUGGUGCUGCAGUGGGGCGAGAUGCCCACUUCUGUCGCCUACAUCCACUCCAACCAGAUCAUGGGCUGGGGAGAGAAGGCCAUCGAGAUCCGCUCGGUGGAGACGGGACACCUGGACGGCGUUUUCAUGCACAAGCGAGCUCAGCGACUAAAGUUCCUGUCCGAGAGGAACGACAAGGUCUUCUUUGCGUCUGUGCGCUCCGGAGGCAGCAGCCAGGUCUUCUUCAUGACCCUCAACAGAAGCUCCAUGAUGAACUGGUAACCCACUCUUGACACGCCAUGGGGGUGUAGAAACCUUGUCGUCAGGCGCUGUCGCCCAGGAGCUCCACUUGAGGCUCGCGGUCACUCUCGACAGCCACGGACUGCGAUGACAUGACGCCGAGUAGCCUUUGACUCCCCCACCCCACCCACCCCUGUGGCCGACUGGGGAACUGCGGACGCGUUGUAGCACAUCACUUCCUACCCUCCCGCCCCGUACUUCCUGGAUCUGCUCCAACGCCAAAUCCCUUGUCGAUUGGGCGAAAUAAGGGUUUUUGUCGAAUAAUAGCAAACGAGUAGAUCACUUUGGGCAUCUUGAAGGAAAAAGAGGGAAAGCAACUUCUCAACAAAGAUGAUAGCAAAGCUUUUUCGGGAGUUUCUGGUCAGUUUUGGUAGUCACGAGUCAACAUCCGUAAUUAACUCGACCAUUCCUCCCUGGGAAACUAACUGGGUGCCGUUUCUUAGUCCCGUCACUGGAAAGUCACAUUUUCUCUUGCUUUCCUUCAAGUUCAGACAGAGUAGCGUUUUUUUUGUCUCAGUGAACCAAGCCAUGGGCUGGUUGGCCCAUGAAAAAGAAAAAUCUCAACAAUUUGCAAUGCAGCAGAGGCGGAUAUAUUGUAGCUAAUUCUUCUUAGUAUUCUUUGAGCGACGUGCUCCUCUUGCAUUUAGACCACUUGACAAAGGGUGCUGCUCACAUUCAUCAAAGUGCUGCUCAAAGACCUUCUUGUCUCGCCUAGUGCCACCAAAAUGACACCAGGGCAGACCUUUUCAUACCUGGCUGCUGCUGUCUGCGCGCAAUGCAACUCUGUAAAUACUCACUUGUUUUUUGUUUUUUUGGGGGGCACACCCGGAUUGUAGUCUCCUCCGCGGGUGGGAGUUUUGCACAACAUUGUCACUUUGUGCAUGCCAACUCACCUUGUCGUCACCCCCUUUGAUCGAACAAAAAUGUACCAGCAGACGUGUUCAUAGCAGAGCUGGUUACGGUUCCCUUCACCCUUGGGGAUCCUGGGACCUUUGAGGGUCUUUCCAUUGCUUUUGAAGAUGGCAUCAUGCAACAGGAGUUGUAAUGGGAUUCAUCUCAAAAUUGGCGUUGUCCGUUGGUCGAUAAGAUAUUUUUAGUACAAGCUAUAUACGCUGGAACUCCCCCAUUGACUCCCUUUUAUAAUGGCCAUUUUUCGAUAUACUGUAAACUAGGGCUGCAACAACUAAUCGAUUAAAAUCGAUUAUAAAAAUAGUUGGCGAUUAAUUUAGUUAUCGAUUCGUUGGAUCUAUGCUAUGCGCUUGCGCAGAGGCAUUUUUUUUAUUUAUUUUUUUUAUAAACCUUUGUCUGCAACAUUUACAAACAGCUGAGAAACAAUAAUCAAAAUAAGUAUGGUGCCAGUAUACUGUUUUUCCCCCAAUAAAAUACUGGAAAGGAUAGAAAUGUAGUUUGUCUCUUUUAUCCGAUUAUUAAUCGAUUAAUCGAAGUAAUAAUCGACAGAUUAAUCGAUUGUCAAAUUAGUUGUUAGUUGCAGCCCUACUGUAAACCUUUUUCAAAAAAAUGUCUUGUAAUCAGACCAUAUUUUUGGUACAUUAGAUGGAAUCUUUACCUGACAUGUUUCCCGAAAGACUGUUGUCUGCAGUCUUCUUCAGUCUACCAAUCAGGUAGACUCGACAGGUCUAAGAACAGCUGAUAGGCAACAGGUCACAGUGGUCAGGUGACCCUUCUGAAGAAGACUGCAGGCAACAGUGGAAACAUGUCAGGUAAAGAUUCCAUCUAAUAUACCGAAAAUAUGGUCUGAUUACAAGAACAUUUGAAAAAGUAUAUGAAUAAGAAGACAUUAUGAACCUUUUUGAGCAUACUGUAAACCUGUGAUUUUAUAACGCUUUGUCCAUGAGAAACUGUUAAAUCCAAGCAUUUCCCUCUCAAAAUAUAGCUGAAACUCAAAAAAUUAGAAUGGCAUGCUAAAAUUCUUUCAUUUCAGCAUUUCCACAUCAAAGGUGAAACUAAUUGUGUGAAUGCUCCAAAGCAUUCACACAUGGUUUUCUACACCAAAAUUCAUCUAUUUCUUCUUCUUCUCCAGAUUUUGGCUCGCUCUACCUUCUGAUUCAAACUGUUCCAACUUCAAACUGUUCAGCCUAUGGCUUAUAUAAGGCUUUCCCUUGACAAAUUCAAAAAAUUCCCAGAAUUCCAGGUUUUCUGGGACAUUUUUCCCAUUCAAAAUGAAUUGGCCAUUUUUCAAACUUCCACCAUUUCCACAUUUUCCAACCAAUUCAAACCAUUCCACCUUCAACAUAUUCCACCAUUCUGGACAUUGAAAUGAUCAUUUUUCCAAGUUCAAAAAAAUUCCAGGAAUUGCUAGAAUUCCCGUUUUUUUCUACCCCUUUUUUCACGCUUUUUUCUGUCGACUACUCCUUUCACAUUUUUCUACCCACUUCAACCGUUGUACCAUCGAAACAUUCCUCUUAAUCAGGACAAAAAACAAAGUUGUUUUUUGAACUGCAAAAAUUCCCGGAUUUUCCUGAAAUUCCAGGAAUUCCAUAAUACCAUUUCUCAAUUAAAAAUGUUACUACUUCAACAUUUCUCGACCGAUUUGAAAAAUUCUAACACCAAUAAUUUCAACUCAUUCAAAACAUUCACAUUUUUGAGCAUUUUCAAAAAAAUUCCCAAAUUUCAAAGAAAAUCCCAUUGAAAUGAAAGAGACAUUUUUGCAAGUUGCACAAUUUCCAAAUUUUUCAACCUAUUCAAACCGUUCCAACUUCAAUGCAUUUCACUCAUCCUGGACAUUCAAAAAAAAAAAAUGUCCAGGUCCAAAAAAAUGUCCAGGAAUUCCCAGAAAUCCCGUUUUUUCAACCCUUUUUUUCACCCUUAUUUCUGUCGACUGUUUUUUUCACAUUUUUCAACCCACUUCAACCGUUCCGCCGUCAACACUUUCCUCUUACUCAGGACAAAAAAACGAAGUUGUUUUUUGAACUGCAAAAAUUCCCUUUUUUUUUCCGAAAUUGCAGUAAUUCCAUAUUACCAUUUCUCAAUUAAAAAUGUCCCUACUUCAACAUUUGUCGACUGAUUUGAAAAAUUCCAACAACAAUCAUUUAAAACAUUCGCAUUUGUGAGCAUUUUCAAAAAAUUCCCGCUUUUCCCGAAAUUCCCAAAUUUCAAUGAAAUUCCCAUUGAAAUGAAUGGGACAUUUUUCCAAGUUGCACAAUUCCCACAUUUUUCAACUUAUUCAAACCAUACCAACUUCAACACAUUCCACUCAUCCUGGAAAUUCAAACUAACACUUUCCCGAGUUCCAAACCAAAUUCCGGUUUUCCUGGAAAUUCAAACUCUUCAACAUUAAAACCAUUCCAAUAUUCAAACUAUUCUUACAUUCAUACUACAUUCUGUCAGCAUUUCACUUCAACUUCAGUAUUGGAGCAUUCACACGCAAUUCCUUCAGGACUAUGCUAACAUGCUAACAAUAACAUGCUUAGUUCUCAUUAGUGAAAUACCAAAAGAUGAACUGCUAAAUACCUGUUGAAUUACCUAAAAAGCUAGCAUGCUAAUGUUAACUGUAACAUACGUCAAGUACUAAAAUAUAUUGCUAUGUUUUUACCUGAAAAAUAUGACUAAGGCCUGUAAACCUACAAAAAAAAAAGCUAGCAUACAGGUAUCAUACGUCAAGUGACGCAGGCUGUUUUAAAAUGAGCUACGGGCUACAUUUUGGACACCCCUAGUUUAAACGCUUCACUCAUGGUUCUGCUGUACGAUUAACGUUGUCUUUGGCACUUUUUCACUUUGGCCCUUGGAGCCAAAAGGUUUAGGCACCCAUGAUCUAGAACAGGGGUGUCAAACUUGUUUUUAUUGGGGGCCACAUCGCAGUUAUGGCUGCCCUCUGAGGGCCACUUGUAACAUUGAAUAAUAUAUACAUUUUAAAUUGCUUCAUUACACAAUUAUUUAUUGUUAUAUAUUUUUAUGUACACUGUAAGAAAAAUAUGUAGAUUUUAGAGUAAAGUUUAGCUGUAUUAUGUUUUUAUGGUAACAUUUUGGUAAUGGAUCCUGUAAAUGGGGAAAAAAGUACCACUGUUUUACUUCUACGGUCGUUGUUUUGACGGUGUAUUACUGUAAAUGGAAAAAUAUUUCACAUUUUUUCGUUUUGUGUUUUUACUGUAAAAUUCUGGCAACUGAGCUACCAGUUUUUUACCGAAAAAUAUUUUUUACAAUGUACAAUUUGAUGGAUAACUUAAUUCAAAAUCAUGAGUCAAGCAGAUCUUUAAGUCCUUUUUUUUUUAAAUAUUUGUUGCAUUAGAUUAAGUUCAAAAUAUGUGAAAAUGCAUGUAUUUUUUUUUCUGUCAAAAUAAAAAGUUGACUACAUUUAGAAAGAAAUAGACGCAUGGUAAUUGCAGGCCUUUGCGGGCCACAUAAAAUGAGGUGGCGGGCCAGAUAUGGCCCCCGGGGCUUGAGUUUGACACAUGUGAUUUAGAGAUUUACAGUCGUGGUCAAAAGUUUACAUAC